AUAAUAAAUAAAAAAAAAAUAUAAAUACUACGUAUAAAUUGCAUGUGGCACGUGAGUACUGGAAUUAUCCCACACUUUUUGGAUUGAAUGUCGAAUAAUAAAUGUGUGGGUGCAGUAUAUAUUGCAUCGACUGAACGAAAAUUUCGAGGACAUUUACGAUAGCCAGAGAUUCGCAAUCUGCAUUCAAGGUCGAGAAUUAAUUUCCAUGCAGAUCUUUCAAUAUGAAAUUCACACGACGAAAAGGGGAAUUUUUUUUUUCAAAUAAAAUAUUUAAAUAUUUUAUUGCUGGGAUAUUUGUUUUAACUUGGAUAAAUUGUGCAACAGGAUGUCAAUUUUAUCCAGUUGGUGAAUAUUUAAAGUUCAUCAGAGUACCUGAAAAUUUAGCAGUUGGUGCUGAAGUAUUGUCUCUUGAAGUUCAUCCACGUACUCAAUUAACAAUCAUUCCAAUUGACCAGGAAGAAGAUGCUAAAUAUUUUUCUUACAAGGAUGUUAAUGAGACUCAUAUAUCUGUGAUACUUUCACAAUCACUUGAUAAUUUAAUUGAUUCUGGAUAUUCAAGGAACAUUCUGAAGUUUCGUUUUCUUUGCGAUUACUCAGACACUGCUAAUUCACUGAUUUCUUCUCAUUUGUCGAUGACUGUUUACGUUGAAGAUGUCAAUGAUCAUACACCACAAUUUAUUGGAGCACCUUAUAACGUGGCUGUUGAUGAAUUGACACCACCAGGUACAAUAAUAUUUCGUGGAAUUAAUGCAUUUGAUGGUGACAAAAUAAACACACCAAAUAGCGAUGUGCAUUAUGCGAUAGUGAGAGGUAAUGAGGAUGAUAAAUUUUCUCUCGAAUCUGGUCAUCGAACUGCUUUAAUCCUUCGAAAAUCACUCGACUAUGACAAUGGUGAUAGAAAAUAUCAGCUCGUUAUAACAGCAACAGAUCGUGGUACACCAGUUAGAAGUGCAAAUACAACAAUUAUUAUUAACGUGAUGGACAAUGAUGACCUUGCUCCAAAAUUCACUCAAGACACGUACAGAGCAAAAAUAUACGAGACUUAUCCUUUUCCGAGAAGCUCGAUUCAUACAGAGAUACACUUCGACAAUCCAAUAUCAGCAAAAGACCAAGACACAUCAAUAAAUACACCGAUAAAAUAUACUAUAAUGACUGGUAAUGAACGUGGAUUAUUUAAAAUAAAUUCACAAAAUGGUAGUUUAUAUCUUCAACGUCCAAUUGAUAUUGAUAAUGAAAAAAUUCCAAACAAUACAUUUCAUUUACAAAUUCAUGCAAUGCAAAUUGAUAGUCCAUUAAAGUAUGAUAACGCAAGAGUUGAAAUUGAAAUACUUGAUUUAAAUGAUAAUUUACCUGUAUUUGAAGUUGAAAAUUAUAACAUAAGUAUUGUUGAAAAUUUACCAAAUGGUUUUAGUGUUUUACAAGUUGUUGCAACAGACAAUGAUCAAGGUGAUAAUGCUGAAUUUAUUUAUCAAUUAAAUGACACAUCUGGUGGUUUUUUAAUUGAUGAAAAAAGUGGUUGGUUAACUGUUAAAGAUGAGCGUGUAUUAGAUCGUGAAAAAAUAUCAUUUUUAAAAAUGUUUGUUUAUGCUGUUGAAAAAAAAAAAAGUGUUGUACAAAAAAUUAAUGGUAAAUCAUCAGUUGAAGUUGAAGUAACAUUACUUGAUGCUAAUGAUAAUAAUCCAAUUUUUUUACCAACAAAUAUUUAUGAAUUUACAACAAAAAGUCAUGUUAAAAUUGGAACUGUUAUUGGACAAGUACAUGCUGUUGAUAAUGAUCUUGGUAAAAAUGGUGUUGUGAGAUAUGGUUUACAAAAAACAAGUGGUAAUAGUAGUUAUGUUAAUAUACCAUUUUCUGUUAAUUCACGUACGGGUAUUAUAAGUGUUUCUGAUACUCCGCUUACUGAAGGACGACAUGCAAUAUUUGUUGAUGCAACUGAUCAACCAGUUAAUCCAAGUGAAAGAAGAUUUUCAUUGGCUGUUGUUACGAUUGAUGUGUUUCCUCCAGGUGAGGAUAAAAUGUCAAUGCCUGACUUUGUGGGUUCACCGUAUGAAUUUUGGGUUGGGGCAAAUGUUCCAAUUGGUACAAGUGUUGGACAGAUUCGUAUCAACGAAGCAGUCAAAAAAAAAAAUCAUAUCGUCUACGAUUUACUUCACAGCUAUCGUGAAGGAGUUCCAUUUGCGGUGGAAGAACAAACAGGCACCAUAACAGUCAUUGAUAAAAUUGAAAAUUAUGUUAAAAAAUUAUUUGAUUUUGAAGCUGUUGUUACGAACGAAAGAGAUUUAAUGCUUGUUACAAAUGUCUCAAUUCAUGUUGUUAAUCCAAAUGAAAAUCGUGAUUUAUUUAUAAAAGGUACAACAAAAGCUCCAUUGGUAUUUCACACAAAAGAAAAUAGUCAAGAUGCAUUUAUUGGACAAGUACUUCCACGUAAUGUUACAAACGCAACGAAAAAUAUACGUUUUCUUAUCGCCAAUCAACGUGAUGUGCCUGAUAUAAAAAUAACUGAGGACGGUGAACUCUAUACUGUCGGUGGUCUUGACCGUGAAAUGAGAGAAAAUUACAGCAUCACUGUAAUUGCCGAGACAACGAGGGGCCUCAGGGUUUUUCAAGUUACUGUUGUGGUAGACGAUGUCAAUGAUAAUCCACCAGUAUUUGAUUCAUUAAUGUACGUGGGACGAAUCAAGGAAAACAGUAGAAUUGGAACAGAAGUGAUACUUGAUAAAAAAAUAACAACUCACGAUAUCGACAGUUCUAUCAACAGAAAUUACAGUUUAAUACUUGAAGGUGAUGACAAUAAACAAUUUACAAUUGAUCAAAAAACAGCAAGAGUUUAUUUCAAUGGUAUGGAAAAUAAUUUGUUAGAUAGAGAAGAAAAAUCAACUUAUGAAUUGCAAAUUGUUGCAACUGACAACAUAAAUCCAAAAUCAUUGGCUAAAUUGACAAUUGAAAUUGAAGAAGAAAAUGAUAAUGCUCCAGUAUUUACAAAAAUGAUUGUGACUCCAAAUUACGAUAUAAAAGUAUCAGAAGAAAUAAAUCAUGAUGAUAAAUUUAACUAUCAUAAUUCACCAAUUUUAAAUGUUCCUGAAAAUUCAACAAUAGGUACAAUGAUUGUACGUCUUUUGGCCAAUGACAAAGAUGAAAUUGACAAUGGAAAAAUAACAUAUGCAAUUGUAAAUGAAACAAUAAUGACAAUUGAUAGAAAAACAAAUAUAAAAUCACAUUUUAUAAUUGAUAAAAAAACAGGUGAAUUAUUUGUAUCACGUGUCUUACCACCAGGUUUGAAAUUUAAUCUUAAAAUAAUUGCCAAAGAUUCAGCAAAUCAAACUGAUAGUAUAACAAUAAAAAUAAUAAUUAUUGACAUUAAUGAUCAUUCACCAGUAUUUAAAAAAUCUUGGUAUGAAUUUAAUAUACCCGAGGGUAUUUAUACAAGUUAUGAACUUGGUGAAAUAACAGCAACUGAUAUGGAUAUGAAUGAAAAUGCAAUAAUAAAUUAUCAAAUAAAUUCAACAAUAAAUAAUGAUUUAUUAAAUUUAAUAUUUGAUAUUGAUUCAACAACUGGAAUAAUAACUGUAACUGGAAAACUUGACCGUGAAAUAUGUGAUAGAUAUAAUAUUAUUAUUAUUGCAUAUGACAAUGGUAAACCACGUAUGAGUUCAAGUGGAAAUGUUGCAAUAAAUGUCUUGGAUACAAAUGAUAAUCCACCAGUAUUUUAUGGCUAUACUGAUAUUAUUUAUACUCAUAAUAAUGAUAAAUAUAUUAAUAAUAAUAAUGUUGAAUUACCAAUAUAUUAUGCAUCAAUAAAUGAAAAUACAAAAAUUGGUACAAUUGUUACUCGUGUUUAUGCAAAUGACAGUGAUUUUAUUGGUAAUGGUAAUGGUUUAAUUUUAUAUGAUUUAUCAUAUUUAAUUGGUGAAAAACAAUUUUUUACAAUUAAUAGUAAAGAUGGUGAUAUAACAACAAUUACAAAACUCAAUUAUGAAGAUAAAAAUUUUCAUAAUUUGACAAUAAUUGCACGUGAUUUAGGAUCACCAAGUCUUACCUCAACAGCAUUUGUUUAUGUUGAGAUUGUUGAUGUUGAUGAACCACUAGAUUAUGAUGAUAAACUUUCAAACAAUAAGCCAGUAUUUCAACAUCAAUAUUACGAAGUUGAAAUUGAAGAAAAUUCAAUAGUACCAUUAACAUUAUUAAAAUUAAAUAUUUCAAUGUUACAUAAUAAUAAUCAAAGUCAAAAUUAUAAAUUUAGUAUUAUAUUUAAUGAUAAUGAUACUGAGUUAAAUGAUUAUUUUAAAAUUGAUUCUAAUAAUGGUACAUUGAUAUUGAUUAAAGAAGUUGAUAGAGAAUAUAGAAAUAAUUAUGAAUUUAAAGUUAAAAUUGAUUGGCAAAAAAGUGGUCGUGGUAUACCUGUUGUUAUUUAUCCAAUAACAGAUAAUAGAAUAAGUGAUUUAGAUAUUAAUGAAGCAAAAAUUAUUAUACGUGUCAAGGAUAUAAAUGAUAAUGCACCAAGAUUUAGGACAAAAGGACGACCUCUCCUUGCAGCAAUUGGUACAUCCAUCAAUUAUGGCCAUGAAAUUAUAAAAAUUGAGGCUGAGGAUCCAGAUGAGGGAAUAAAUGGUGAAAUAAGAUAUCAAAUUCUUGGCCAUGAUGAUGCACUACGUUUUGCCAUUGACCCAUUAACUGGUCAAGUGCGAUCGGUGAGUACAUUUUAUCAGGAUGCCGGACGAGUUUUUGGCUUUGAUGUCAAGGCAACUGAUCUUUGUGGCUCGGAAAAUGGAAGAAGUAGUAUAGUCAAUGUUUUUGUUUAUGUUGUUGAUGAUAAUAAACAAGUGGUAAUGGUAUUGGGUCAAAAACCAAUUGAAAUUGAAUAUCAAAUUGGAGAAAUAACACGUGCAUUACAAAAUGUGACGGGUUUAGAUGUUAGGGUGAGAAAAUUAGAGCCACAUAUUGAAAAAAAUCUUAUUGAUACAACAAGCACUGAUGUUUAUCUGUACGCUGUUGAUCCAGUCUUGAAUGUCAUGGUUGAAAUGGAUAAUCUAAAUAGUGUAUUUAGAAAAAAAAAGAGUGAAAUUAAAGGUGAACUUGAAAAAUAUCGUCUACUUGAUAUCACUGGAAAUUCAAUGAGACGUCAGCAUUAUUUAAUGUCCACACUUGAAAUGGGUGCGAUUUUACUUGGAUGUGUUAUUUUCUUAGGAGCAUUGAUUAUUGCCUCUUGUAUUGCUUGUAUUCGACGAGGCAAAAGACACUGCCGUGAUCCACCUUUAGGUGCUGCGAUGUUUCCAGCUGGUGGACCAGUUGGUUUUGCAUUGACUGAGCAAAGCACAUCACUGGGAAAACCAUCUCUAUUUCCAGCUUUUGUUGAUGGACUACGUUAUUAUCCAGAGCCAUUUCCAAAUGAUGAAAGAAGGCUCAGUAUUUGUGAACAUGAGCCUGGCUGUGUUCAACACAAUCCAUGCCGAUCUCGUAGUUGUGGAAUGACCAAGAAAAUACCACAAAUUUCUAGUGUAAAUAGUGCAGGAUGCCAUAAGUCUUCAGUAGCUUCACUUCACUCGAGUGGACAAGAUUCUGGAAUAGUAGCACGUCCAUGUCACUGUGGCCAUUCAUCGAGUCCUUCAAGUACUGAUAGCAGCAAGAUAAUGAAUAUGGAGAUAUUGCGUUCCAGUAGCUAUGAGGAUUCCCUGAAGUCACUACAUCGAAAUAGCCUGAGUAAUGAACAAUCCUCUCGGGGACAUGAUACCACUGUGAUUGGAGAUAGUGGAGCUGUUGGUGAACAUCAAACAGUCAACAAAAAUAAACGACAAAGGUUACAUCAUACUUUGUCAAAUGCAGAUGUAAUAUAUGAUCGAGAUACAAGCUUACACAGAGAAAUGCGAUAUCGUAACAACAAUGAAAAAUUAUGUAAUGGAAAUUUUCAUCAUGAUAAUAAUAAUAAUAAUAAAAAUAAUAAUCAUCAUCAUCAUCAAAAGCAUCAUAUUUCUAGGACAAUGAUUCGUGAGCAUCCCACUGGGGGUAAUGAUAGUGUCAACGUUGUCAGGUUACAUGGACGAGCUGGGUCGAGCCACUCACUGUAUUGGUAAAAAAUGUAUUAUAUAAUUAAAAUUUAAUUACUAGUAAGCCAAAUUAUUUCAAAAGUCAUUUAAAUGGUUACAUAAGUCAAUUAAAUUUUUCUAGUUUUAUUUUUUUUUUUUAAAUAAAAAUUGACAUUGAAUAAAAAUUUAAAAAAUAAAUGUUUUAAUU